CCCCCGAAACUUGAAAAGCCCACUCCACUGGGUAAAAAAAAAAAAAGCCUUUGCUCACUCAACUCGCUCACUCUCUUCUGAACUCGCUGUUGGACUCACUCUCCAAACAAACAGUCCUCCACUGCUUCCCACACAAAAUUGAUGCCGGAAUCUGACGUCAUGCCGCCGGGAGAGGCGGCCUCCAAGUCGCCUCUCGACAAGCCUCUACACCAGCUCACUGAAGACGACAUUUCUCAGCUCACUCGGGAAGACUGCCGCCGUUACCUCAAAGAGAAAGGUAUGCGACGGCCAUCGUGGAACAAAUCGCAGGCGAUUCAGCAAGUGAUAUCGCUGAAAGCGCUGCUUGAACCGUCGCCGGAUUCUGAUGCCGGCACUAGCAAGAAGCUGUACAUUCCUCGCUCCAAUACCACCAAUAAUAAUAAUGCGGCCCGUGUGCCAAAAGGAACUGUUGCCGAUGCAGAAAUUUCUGAAUCUGCCGCCGAAGAAGCAGCAGGGAAUCGUAGAAAAGAUCCGGAGAAGCCUAAUCUUUCCGGUGAUCCACCGCCCCCUCCGCCAGCAGCUGCUGUCAACAAUUCAGCUCCAUCUAGACUUGCUGAUUCAGCAGAUAUUCUGGUAGGGCAAAUGACAAUAUUCUAUUGUGGCCAGGUGAAUGUCUAUGAUGAUGUGCCCGCUGAUAAGGUACAAGCAAUCAUGCAUCUUGCUGGUAGCCCAUUCCAUGUGCCUCCUGACUGUCCAGCACGGCAUUCAGUUUCCCACUUACAAACUGCAAAUGUUGAAGUAGGUCAAGACUCUGCAGUAGUGUUCUUGCCACCAAUGCAAACAGUGAAAAAAAGUGACAACUCUCGAGUACACGUGGAAGACAACACUCCAUUUUAUGAAGAUAAUCCUGCAGUCGAAGGCUCAGGGAGUAGGAAAGCAUCAGUACAAAGAUACCUUGAGAAGCGAAAGGACAGGUUCAAGAACAAGAGGAAGGUAGUAAUGACUUCACCGCCUGGGUUGGACAUCUACUUGAAACAUCAAAUGCAAAAUCAUAGUACCAAUGAGCAAUCAGAUAACAGAGAACGUAUUAUGGAAGGUUGAUCUAGGACACUGCAUUUCUAGUCUAUUUCUUCAUGCCAUAGUAACCGUGGAUGCCAUCUCCUUUUUUGUUCAGCUAGACGGUUGAUUCUAAAACAACCAGAGAAUGCGGAUAGGUGUAAGAAAAAAUUCCCCGAGUAUUCGUUGUGAAUACUAAUUAGUCUGUAUUAAGGUAUGUGGGAUAAACGAAACACAAAACAUCUCGGCCAGUUGCCUCACGGUCGCGCCACUCAGGAUUGAGUUGGAAUGGCGUGUUUUUCCCACGUUUCUGUAGUAGUAGUAGUAGUAGUAUCAUUUGCUUUGUCCAGGGCUGUUGUUGCCACUUGCCAGUUUCUGUUGGAUCUUCCUACUAACUUGGAAACCCCCCGGCAUCUGGACAAUCUACUUCGCCCUUUAAAACUAAACGAUGUUAUGUAGGUCUAGCUGUAUAUGUUGUUGGUUAUGCAAGAACUUUGCUGAUCAUAACCACUUUAACUCUCUUAUUGAUCACCCCCCUUUGACUCCA